AAAAAAAAAAAAAAAAACUGUCUGGAUUGGAGCGCUGGAGCUCGUGUGGGGGAGUUACCAUCCGCGCAAAUUUCUUUCGCGGAGUUGGCGGAGUUCGCCGAAGUCGAAAAAUGAGGGUGCCGCGACGGCGACGUGCUCCCGCUCGAUGCCCGCUCCGUUUUUGAAACGAUCCCGCGUCGACGACGUUUGCAAACUGGUGACCGUUCCCGAACGAAGCGACUUCUGAAAAAGUUCGAUGUUUUUCCCACACCGGACAGAUGAUACUCUUCGGGCGGAGGUUGUCAAGGGUUGUGCUCCACAAGAAACUGGUCCCGAUCGGAAUAUGCUUCGGAGUGAUCCUCUCUCUGACCGCGGUUCCCUUCAUGGGCUGCCAGCAGCGGAAACCAUCGACGCCCACCGACGGCUACAGCGCGCAGCGGGGCCUUGUACUGUCGGCGGCGGGACGACAGUUCCCCGAGGACGACGAAGACUUCGAGCCCGCGCUCCACUUGGACGCGAGACGCAAGACGUCGCAGGCCAACAGCCCGGAAAAAGUGGUGCUCAUCAGACCUCGAUUCUACAGCACGGAGCUAGAAAUACGCGAAAAGCUGCUCGUUGCUGUGCUCACGUCUCCGGAAACGAUCGACACCUUCGGCGCUGCCGUGAACCGGACGCUCUCCAGGCACCCCAACAAACUAGUCUACUUCUCCUGCACGUCCGAUGGGGAGGUCCCGUCCACGUUGCGCGCGCCGUCCGUCGUGAACUUUGCCGGCGUCAACUGCGAUGCACUCGCGUCGCAUGCACUUCGACAUCUCUCCUCCAAGAACGUGGUGAAGGACUUCGACUUCUUGUUUCUGAUGCGAGAUAGCACCUACGUCAACGGCGACAAGCUCGUGGGACUGGCGACUCGUGUGAGCGUCAACGGAGACGCGUUCAUCGGGCGCACGUCCGACGCGGGUCUGUGCGACAUCGAUGCCGGGAUCUUGCUGAGCAAUGGCGUUUUUCGCAAGGCUGUCGCCGGCCUCGAUGGUUGCAUCGAUGGCACGGACCAACUCUCCGACGACCGCAUCGGAGAAUGCAUCGCCAAGGCGUCCGGAGUACCUUGCAGCGAUUCCUACCAGGGUCAAGCGUACUAUGCCCUCAACCUCGAGAAGGACUUGGGUUACGUUCCAGACCCGGCGACUUUAGUGAGCAGGAAGGACUUUGGCAAGGUAGUGACUGUUUAUCCAGUGUUGUCAUUCAAGUACCACUACAGGUUACAUCAUCACUUCAGCCACUUCAACCUACAAAAAGUGCACAGGCAAAUUGCUCUCACCGAAAAGCUCAUUGCCGAUGUAGCCGUUCAUAUGCCCAAAGACUUCCCUGGUCGGCCGGACUGGCCAUUGGGAGUGGAAGCACCGUUGAAGCCUUCUAACAGAUUUGAUGUUGCUCGUUGCAUUUACUUCAAUGACACCCACAUGCUGUGGAAGAAUGACAAUGAUGUCAUCAGCCCAAUCACUGGAUCUGAAAAACUCAGCCUUGAUGAUCUGAAGCAUUCUGCUGCAGAGUUCUUAAAAAAACUCUACAAGACAAAUUUGACCAUUGUUAAUAUUGUGGAUGGUUACAAAAAGUUUGAUCCCACAAGGGGUCUCAGUUACAUGAUGCACUUGCUACUUAGGGACCAGGAUUCUAAUACAGAACUCCAGAAGACAUUGGAGUUCCUUCGCCCACUUGGUAAGUCGGAGAUCCUUCCCAUGCCUUAUGUCACAGAGCACACUCGUGUGGUGAUGGUUCUCUUCGUGAAAGAGAAUGAACUGGAUCAUGUAGUCGUUUUUAUUGAGGAGUAUGCCAAGACAUGUCUGGAGAAGAAUGACAACACAAUGCUCCUGCUGGCUUUCCUGCAGCCCAUGGAUACACCUGAUGCUUUUGGCAACAUUCGAAGCUUUGCACUGUCAAGCUCUAACCGCUUCCGCAGAAGCAGCGCCAAGCUGGCAACAAUCAGCAUCAGGAUUCCAAAAGACCGGCGAAUUCCGUCGGACUUUGCACUCAUGGACCUCGUGGUGCGGAAGCUUCCUCAGGAUUCUCUGGUUCUCCUCUGCCAAACAGGGAUGGAACUCCGGACGGACUAUUUGAACCGGGUGCGGAUGAAUACCAUAGCAGGUGUGCAAGUGUUUCUGCCCAUCCCUUUUACUCAAUUUCAUCCAGUCAUCACAGAGCAAGAGCCACCUAUGCCCGAGCUCCUCGAGCUGAAACGUGAGAAUGGCUUCUUCGACAGCAACAACUUCAAACAUUUUAGCUUUUAUGUUUCGGACUACUGGCAUCACCGUGCACUUAUUGCCAAAGAAGUGCCUCUUGCCCACAGCAGCACUGACUUGACGGCUGCCCACUACCAUGACCUCACCUUUGGAAUCGUGGAACUGUUUUUAGUGUCCAAAGAGCUUCAUCUGCUUAGGGCAGUUGAGCCCGACCUAAGGCUGUACUACAUCUGGAGGAACUGUGACAGUGAACCCAACUUAAGGGCAGCUGAGAACUGUAAGCUCUCAAGACUGAAUUCUGUCGGUAACCGGGGCCAACAGGCCAGGUUUCUGCUUUCCCAAGUGACAGGGAAGCCAACAAGAGCUUCCCGUGACCUGCCACCGAGCUCUUGAUGCCAGAGUGAGUUCCUAUGAUAAGAAAUUUCUCCUCAUACAAACUUGUCUGCAAAGGCAGGGCAAUCCCCCGAACUUCUACUCUAAUCAUCUUGUACGCUCGCAUUCCUGGAGGGCUGGGCACCUGGCAUGCCAGACGUCUGGAUCGUGCCUUGAAGGCAACAAGGGGGUUGCCCCACGUUUUUAUUUUGUUUUUGUAUGGUCUGCACGGCCCCACGCCCUAUUACCACUGACAGGGUAACUGCCGACCUUGUGGACGAGUUUGAGAAGCUGUCCCGAACCCAGGUGCAGUUUUUAUUUUAUGUUAAAAGUUGAAACACCUUGCUUCCCUUUUUAUACGUCUUUACUCCAGCGUUUCUUCUUUUUUUUUUUUUUGUGCCUGUUUUUAUUGUUAGCUUGUCUUUUACAGUGGUGACGCACAUGGUCUGUUUUAAUACGUCAUUGCUUGUCUUCACGUUGUAGAAGUAUUCCAAAGGUCUAUCAAGUUGUGUAUGGGGCCAAAGGCAUUUCUUUCCUUGUUUUAUGUGUAGGGUGUACCAAUUUUUUAAAGAUGACUUUUUUUUCUUUUUUUACAUUUGAUAUCCAAGUUCGUGACAUUCAUCACUGCCCUGUGGAGUUCCUGUGACGUCACAGCGAUAUCAGGCGACGAAAUAAACUGUUGGUAUUUUAUUUAUGUCGUUCCUAGCGCAAUUCUUGCGCGGCGCCAACCACUUCCGCUUGCUUGCCUUUCUUUUUUAUUUUCUUCCUCGGAUUUCCGGAGAGUCGAGAAUGAAGUCUGGCUUUCUCUUGCU